AAACACAGAAGUGCAAAUUAUUGCCAGUCCUUCAGUAGUGGCUGGCAGGCGGGUGGCGCUGCUGCUGCUCCUCGGAAGGUGACUGUACUACAUCUUGCUGUCCCACAUUUCCUCUAGUUCCCCCUGCAUCGUACAGCAGUUGUGCCCACUACUCCAACAACCGCGCCUCACUCGCCGUUGUCAUGCUAGCCCACCCCAAAAGCUGUAUAUAGUUCGUAGCAUUGUUUGCAAGCAGUAGAACCAAUUGGUACAAGUACGCUGUGCUUGUAACAGGAUGUGGUUUGGCAAUUCAGCAGCUUAGGACGCAUAACAGCAGCAGAUGUAAAAGUGAUCAUUCUGCAGACAGCCCUGCGUGAUCUAUGUGGACUUAAAAUCAAAUAUUUGCAUGACAUAUCCUCUGUUAUAAAACGUUAACUUUCGUGGGACGUUCGUGCUGUCCUUACACAGAUAGCGGUAUUCAAACGUGUUUUUACCAGCAUAAGAAACUCCUAAUUUUGAUGUGAAAGUGUGGGGAGCACUACCGUUAAAUUUACUUAUUUUCUGGAAAGUGAGACUACGGCAUAACACAUCAAAGGGAACAGUUGUUAAAAUGGGCUGCAGACUACAAAAGUUAGCAAAGUCAGAUGAAAAAAGUCCAGGCAAAAUCUACUCAACCCUGAAGAGGUCACAAGUAGAGACCAAGAUAGGUGUUUCCUAUGACUAUCGCUUUUUAGAUUUUACAACUUUAAAUGAUGCAGAGACACUGAGGUCCUCCGCCAUCAAGCUUUCAUCUGUGCCUGAUCUCCCAGUUCAAUUGCAGGACCAUUACCAGCAGGGUUAUGUACUGGCGGCAGUCCAUCCCUUCAUGCAGCCUUGUGCCAGCAAAGAAACGACCCCUCAGGAGCAGAUUUUCAGAGCUGUGUUAAUCAAAAAGGCAGAAAGAUCUGAGAACACUGAUGACAAGAGUGAAAUGUACAGCCUUGACAUUGAGUGGUGUUUAUCGUGUGACCAGCUUCCAGACUCCAAGCUAAUUCCACACUUUAUAAAGAAAGUGGAAGAAGCAGCCAGUCAAGGGUUAAAAUAUGUUGGAUUUAUUCAUCAGUACAACUCUUCAGUAAAUUCAAUUGAAAGCCCCUCUGAGACAUCAUCAUACAAUCUUUCCUGUAAACUGUCAGGGGAAAAUGACCAGGAUGAUGACUUGGAUAGAAAUGCAGAAAUGGACGGGAAGGCUCCAGUUCCUGGUGACAGAAUUAUUGAAUCAGUAAAUGACAAACUUGAUGUAUUUACAGUUUUUCACAAGAUGAAAACCACACAGAACUCCAGCAAAUACUACACAAUGAGCCUUCCCCUUAAGAUCUCUAGAAAUGGGCAGUGCAUCAAUAAUCUACAAGCCAGCUGGCUGGAACACAUGACAGACCACUUCAAAAAAGGAAGCUCGCUGGUGAAUGCAGUCUUUUAUCCUGGACUGGUAAAUGAUUCAUCAUCCGAUACAGUGACAGGACAGUUUAUCUUUGAGGAUGCCUAUGAAGAAGAGUCAAACACAACCCAAGGGUUUGAUGCAAUAGUUGUAGAGCAGUGGACAAUCCUUGAUGGGCUAGAAGUGAAGACAGACUACAUUCCAUUGCUGAAGUCACUCGCAGCUUAUGGCUGGCAGCUGACCUGUGUACUUCCUACUCCAGUUGUAAAAACAAACAGAGAUGGUAGCUGGGCCACAAAACAAAUUGUCUUCCUGCAAAGACCCUCCAUGCCUACCAAGGAAAAGAAAAAAGAAUCCAAGAAGAAGUCUUCAAAAAAGAACAGACAGGAUAAAUGUGUCACAAAAAACAAUAUUUGCAACCUUCCUAAAUAUGAAGGCAAAGACAGCAAGAGCAAUCUGAAGCAGUCAGAAGGAAGUUCAGUGUUACACAAUAUAAAAGAAGAUUCACAAGGGGUUGAGGAGGUGAACAGCGAGUAUGGGAAAGCAGUGACAGAGAGUGAAUGUAAUGAAAGUCACGUGGGCAUAGAAACACUGGCACAAGAAAUGUCAGUCUGUUCAAGCACUGAGGAAGUGGAUGAUCUGAAAAGCCUAGAAGAAAUAAGAGAAGGCUCAUGUCAGAAUAGUAAUAUUGAAAACAGUGCAGAAGUAAGACACCUAGAAGCAGAGACUAACGUUAACAGUGACCCCACUGACAGCAUGAAAGACUCUACCCUAGAAUCUGUGGAUUGUGGCAGAGAUGAGGAAGCAUCAACUGGACUUCCACAGGAACUUUUUGUCUCCGAGACAAAUGACUAAGGAAAUGGUAAUGACAGAACAGAUGAACAUUACUGCAGUUUCUAGCUGUGGUUCUCCCCA